AUGUAGUGGAAACACCUUACUUUUUUUGGCAGAAAAAUCCAAAUUAAAAAUUCCCACAGGCUGUUAUCUAUUUUGUAAGGUGUGAUUAACCGGCAAUUGAAGAUUGCGCCGCAUGCGCAUCCCACAAAACUCCGGCAGAUGUGUUGACCUCCGCUUCAGUCGAACUAAAGAAUUUAUAAGGGAAACAGUGCUGAACAAUGGAGCUGACUGGAUGGGUUAAGAACUACGAAUGGGGCCGCAAGGGCAUCAACUCGGCGGUGGCCCAACUGGCUAUGGCCAACGAUCCUGACUUCCGGCUAGAAGAGGAGGAGACCUACGCGGAGAUGUGGAUGGGCACCCAUGUGUGUGGCGUGUCAGUGGUCAAGGAAACCGGCGAGACGCUCGACCGGGUUCUGAAAAAGGACCUGUCCUACCUGUUCAAGGUGCUCAGCAUCAACAAGGCGCUCAGUAUCCAGGUCCAUCCAAACAAGUGCGAAGCGGAGCGGUUGCAUAAGGAGCGCCCGGAAAUCUACAAGGAUCCCAACCACAAGCCGGAACUGGCCAUUGCCUUGACGCCCUUUCUGGCUCUGGUUGGAUUUAUGCCGGCCGUGGACAUCCGGGAUUACAUCGACGAGUUCCAACCACUUAGUAAACUCAUAGGUAAGGAGGCUGUCGACCAACUUCACGACUCACCCAAUGGUGAGAGCAUUAAGCUGUGCUACGAGAAGCUGAUGACGACUGAGGAGGCGGCCAUAGCCAAGUGCAUCAAUGAGAUAGCAAAAAAUUACGAGAAGGAACUAAAGUCCAACGAUCUGCUGGAGGUGUUCACCAAGGUGAACAAGGACUUCCCUGGCGAUGUGGGCGUGCUGUCACUAUUCUUCCUGAACCUGAUCCGCCUGCAGCCUGGCCAGGCUAUCUACCUGGGCGCCAACGAGAUCCAUGCCUACCUCGACGGCGACUGCGUGGAGUGCAUGGCCUGCUCAGACAAUGUGAUACGUGCUGGACUCACUCCUAAAUACAAGGACGUGGAACAGCUGCUGGACUCUGUAAUCUUUGAGAGCGCUCAAGGCAACCGCAAGGAAUUUAUCCCCUAUCGUAUUGAUGAGCAGGUCCAGGUUUAUAUUCCGCCAGUCUCCGAUUUUGCAGUGAUUAAUGUGAACAUUGACCACUCUCUGGAAUCGUACAAACUGGAAAUCCAAGCCUUUGGCUCCAUACUAAUUGUCUUGAAGGGAUCACGCACCCUAAAGUUGAAAACCCAGCAGGGAGACAAGGAGAUCGUAGUGACGCGUGGCAGCAUUGUGUACAUUCCUGUCGAGGCAGCUCCGGAAAUCGAGUUCACUCAGGCUGAAGAUUGCGACGAAGACUUCAGCGGCUACAUAGCAACGAGCAACUACUUUCGAGUGGCCUAAAAUUCUCAGUUAAUCUUAAUCUUUUGUAAAGUGCAAUAAAUCCAUAAACCCGUUUAGCUGGUGAA